GGGAGGAUAGUGCCCCAUCAUUGGUAUCAGUGGGGGGGGGGAAUAGUGUCCCAUCAUUGGUAUCAGUGGGGGGAGGAAUACUGCCCCAUCAUUGGUGUCAGUGGGGGGAGGAAUAGUGCCCCAUUGUUGGUGUCAAUGGGGGGAGGAAUAGUGCCCCAUCGUUGGUGUCACUGGGGGAGGAAUAGUGCCCCAUCUGACACCAAUGAUGGGGCACUAUUCCUCCCACUGACACCAAUGAUGGGGCACUAUUCCUCCCACUGACACCAAUGAU